CCCCACAGUCCAAGAACAGCUGGAUGACUUCUGGACCCACUUGCCCCCGUUCACCGGGAGGAAACCGGGGGGCAGUUCCUGACUUUCUUCCUGAGAUAUCAGUCCACUGGAUGUUGAAAAUGGAUUACUAAGGCUGAGUCACAUGUCCCGCCUCAGGACACUGCCAGAGCCUUGACAUUGCUGUAAACCAACUUACAGCUCUCCUGUGUUAUUCUCAGUGAAGAGCCUACCUCCGAUCAUGGCUGCUGCUGCACUCGUCACAGAGAACUUUAAGUUUGUGUCUCUCUUCUUCAAAAGCAAAGAUGUGAUGAUAUUCAACGGUCUGAUCGCUCUGGGCACUGUGGCAGGCCAAACUGCAUAUAAUGUUUUUGCCUUUGAAUGUCCAUGUUCCUCUGGGAGGAACUACCGCUAUGGCCUGGCUGUCAUUGGUGUACCAGCACUGGCAUUUUUCCUCAUAGGAAUAAUGAUGAACAAGAGCACCUGGGACCUGGUAUCUGAGUGUCGGCUCAGAAAGUGCCGGAAGCUGUCAGGAGCAGCAGCCUUUGCUCUUCUGGGAACUGUCAUUGGUCGAGCUGUGGUGGCUCCGCUGACGUGGGCAGUUAUAUCUCUGCUGCAGGGCCAGGCUUACAUGUGUGCCCUCAGUGAGUUUGUUGAUCCGAGCACUGUGGAGGGCUUCCCUGCAGAUCAGGGGUCAGAGGUUAUAGCCAAAUUCCCUUGUCAACAAAGUGUUCCAACAGAGCUGCAAGGCUUCUGGUCUGAGAUUGAGAGACGACUAAAAUAUGAAUCACAGCUGUUCGGCUGGCUGCUGGUGGCAGGAAUGUCUCUGACAGUGUUCCUGAUGUUGUGUUUAAAGCGCUGCUGCUCUCCACUUGGCUACCAGCAGGAGAACUACUGGUCCCAGUAUCGCUCCAAUGAAAAAACCCUCUUUCAACGCACGGCAGCUGUCCAUGCCCGCCUCCUGGCUGCAGAGAACGUUAAGAGCUUCUUUGGCUUUGUGGCACUGGAGAAGGACGAGAAGGAGGAGCUGGCUGAACACCAGAGUGUUAGUCCUGUCUGUAGCACUAACUGGAACAGAGUGACUGGUGUCUACCUCUACAGGGAGAAAAAUGGACUGCCUCUGUACAGCAGGCUCAACAAAUGGGCCAUGUACAGCUUGGAGAAUAAUGUAGAGGCCAUGGAGAAAGAGAUGGACAUGCUCAGCUGACAGUAUUCUUCUGGAAGAUCGUUCAAUGACUGCAACCAUAAAGACAUCAGAAUGCUUCAAGCAGAACGCUUGUUGGAUCAUUGAAUAGCAUCAACAGUACAACUCCAUCCCCCACUCCUGUUUCUCUAAAGUAGUUAUUUUCUGAAACAGAUAAUCUAACAAUCACGCACAAUUUUCUUUAACAAAUAUAUUCUCAACCGGUUUGUAGAAUCUCAGCAUCUGCAGAAGAAGAUGCAGAAUCAAUAUUGUUAUGUUGUCAUGCAUGCUGUAUUUUCCUAUUUUUCAUGUGGUAAAAAUAAAGUUUUGGAGGGAAAUAUUGACUUCAACAGGUGACAAGCAUCAAAAUAUGAUUUGUAGUAUGUCAUAGAAAUAUCUCACUUUCCUAUGUUGUUUCGGCAUUCAUAUUCUCUGAAGAAAUAAUUACCACAUUUACCAUUGACAAUAAAAUAUAUAUAC